AUGGAAGAAUCCACGUGUAGAUCUGUUGAACGAAUUUUUGAAGAUGUUUCGUUUAACAAAAGGGACAGGAAAAGGCUCCAAUUCGAUGAUAAAAAACUAAAUCGAUUCUUCGAAAAUGGAAUGUUAAACUACAGUCUUGUAGAAAUUGUAGGGAUCUCAGGUAGUGGAAAGACGCAAUUCGCUUUAACCCUGUGUGCAGAACAUCUUUUAAAAAUUCUUGAGGAAAACAGACAGACCAUAGUUUUUUACGUUUAUUUUAACAGAAUGUUUCCUAUACACAGGUUGAAAGAAAUAAUUAAAAAUAAGUUGGACUUAAAGGAUUCACGCAUACAUUUUAAGACAAAAAACAUUCAUAGUAAUAGUGCUUCCCCUCCAGGGUCUACAAGCACUAGUCCCUUUCCAAGUGCUCAUGAAAAGAGGGCUGAACAGUUGGAAUGUCCGACUGACAUUGACAUUUGCAGUGACUGGGAUAACUGGAGCGACGCAAACAAUUGCAACAUGGUAAGCUACUCCGAUCGAGCAAACAAUUGCAACACGGUAAGCUACUCCAAUAGAGAAGACACCCUUAAUGGGAAUAUGGACGACACACUGAACCUCCAGAAGGAAAACAAAACGCAAAAGCAUGUACUUAGUGCACUAAAAAACUUUUACAUACAAAAAAUAAACGAUGAAAAGGAAUUGUUCUCAUUAAUCGAAAAAGACAUAUACCACAUUUUGAGAUAUCAUAAGAUUUCUCUUCUUGUAAUUGAUUCAAUGAAUUGUGUUUUUAAUGGAAACGAGAACCUAGAUGCUUAUAAAAAAUGUCAACUCUUUACGAGAGUGUCUAUAUGUUUAAAAAAUUUGGCAUAUGAAAAAAACUUUUUUUUAUUGCUACUUAAUAAUUCCCAACUAAAAAAAGAAUACUCUGGUUUUUGUUUUAACAUUUUUGAUUAUGUUAUCAAUUGCCCAUGCUCCAAUACAAUUAUAAUAUUUAAAAAAAAAAAAAAAAACAAUAAAAUUGCUCGAAAGAUGUCCAUCAAGUAUUCAGAAUUUUUGAGGAAAUACAAAUCUAUCAAUUUCGAAAUUAAUGACUCUGGAUUUAGAGCACUCUGA